AUGGCGUCCGACACGCUCACAUUGAUCAGCUCUAUCGGCAUCAGGCUGUGCGCCUACGUCUUCUUGCGAUGGAUACCUACAACCAUUGUCCCACCAGCUAUCUACACAUUUCUCGCUUUAUACAUUCCCUCCUUCAUCACUAGCUUCCUCUCGACUUCACCGUACAAGGUCAUCUCGGAUGAGAUAGACAUCAUCGUCAGGGAGACCGUAGGCCAGGGCGAAGACUCGACCGAUGCUUCAGAUGUAGAGCUCCUGGAAGGUGCCGACGAUGGGCCGCUUGAAGAGCUGGACGUGGAGGAGACGGUCGUGGUGGAAGAGAAGGGACCUCAUGUCCUGAGGACGCUUUUGACAGGUUUGCCGAGUCCGUCGUCGGCCUUCUGGAGCUGGGUCACCUUUGCCAUCAACAUGGUCCUGGUGGGCUUGGUGACGGACGCCAUCUUUCGAGCUCGUGUCUUUCACCCAGCGCACGACCUGUCGUUUGCACGAGUGGGUUACGUGUCGGACAGCAGCGCGAACAUCUUGGUCCGCGAACCGCACGGGAGUGAGCUUCCCAUUUUUGUGUCAUACAGGCGAGCAGACCCUCCGCUAUCAACGGAUCCAGACAAGCGCCCGAUCGACACAGCGUGGAAGUCCGCGGGGAGCAUCUCCUGGUUGAGCAACGAAACCGACUACACAGCUGCAGUUGCUAUCAACAACCUGAAACCAGACAGUCGCUACCAGUACUCCGUGUCUAAUAACCAUACUGGCUACUUCAUCACUGCGCCGCGCGUAGGUGAGGUCUCGAGACGGAACGGGGACAAGUACACCUUCCUCCACUCCAGCUGCAUUAAGCCACGCGUACCAUACAAUCCCUUCUCUCAUCCGCUCCAUAUCCCAGGCCUCAAGCACCUCGCCGAAUGGAUUCCCAAGCUUCGUGCGCACUUCAUGCUCUUCCUCGGAGACUUCAUCUACGUUGACGUGCCUCUUCGGAUGGGCAAGGAGGUGGAAGACUACCGCCGUGAAUACCGCCAAGUCUACGCGUCUCCGGAGUGGCCAACCGCCUCGAAGAACUUGCCUUGGAUCCACGUGAUCGACGACCACGAGAUUGCAAACGAUUGGGACGGCAACACGACGGGCGUCUUCGAAGCUGCAUACGAUCCAUGGACACACUACCAAGUCGCCGUGAAUCCGCCCUCGGUCCGGUCAGGUCAGACAUACUUCCACUUCACGCAAGGUCCAGCAUCGUUCUUCAUGCUAGACACGCGGCGAUACCGCUCGCCUGCAUUCGACAAGGACCCCUGGGAUACCAGCAAAACGAUGCUCGGCAGACAACAACUCCACGACCUCUUAACCUUCCUCAAGAACCCCCCUCCGCCCGGCGUGCGCUGGAAAAUCAUCGCCUCAAGCAUCCCCUUCACGAAGAACUGGCGCGUUAACAGCGUCGAUACCUGGGCUGGCUAUCUCGCGGAGCGGCAGAUGAUCCUGGAAGCCAUGUGGACCGUGGGUCUGGCCGGCGGCGUAGGGGUUGUCGUGCUCAGCGGCGACAGGCACGAGUUCGCUGCUACGGCGUUUCCGCCGCCGAGCGGGAGUAGGUGGCCGCUCAGCGCGACGGUGCAUGAGUUUAGCACGAGCCCGCUGAGCAUGUUUUAUUUGCCGUAUCGGACGUAUAAGCAGGAGGGUGAGGAGGAGGUUUGCAUUAAGUACAUUCCGGAUGGCAACUCCAAGUUCGGCGCCGUGGAGAUCACGUCUCCGCCGGCCAGCGACCAGAGCCAGCUGCAUUACAGGCUCUUCGUCGAUGGCAAGGAGGAGUGGAGCCACACUAUAUUGACGCCGCCGGAUAUGAGGGGUGCUGGCAGAGCGAAGGAUGCCAUCUGGGGUUGA